AUGUAUGUCUCUCUCUCUCUCUCUCUCUCUCAUCAUUGUUCUAUGUUUUUCUCUCUUUUAAAUAAUGGUUCUCUCUCUCAUCACUGUUCUAUGCCUAUCUUUUUCUCACUAUUUGCUGUUCUAUGUCUGUCUGUCUCUCAUUCUCAUCACUGUUCUGUGUGUGUCUGUCUCUCAUUCUCAUCACUGUUCUAUGUGUGUCUGUCUCUCAUUCUCAUCACUGUUCUAUGUGUGUCUGUCUCUCAUUCUCAUCACUGUUCUAUGUGUGUCUGUCUCUCAUCACUGUUCUCAUGUCUGUUCUCAUCACUGUUGUCUGUCUCUCAUUCUCAUCACUGUUCUGUGUGUGUCUGUCUCUCAUUCUCAUCACUGUUCUGUGUGUGUCUGUCUCUCAUUCUCAUCACUGUUCUAUGUGUGUCUGUCUCUCAUUCUCAUCACUGUUCUAUAGAUGUAAUCUAUGUCUCUCUCUCUUUCUAUUCACUGUUUCAUGCCUAUCUUGCUCUCUUUCUAACCACUGUUCUGUGUCUCUCUGUCUCUUUAUUUCUCUUUCUAAUCACUGUCCUACGCCUGUCUCUCUAUCUUUUCCAACCACUGUUUUAUGUUUUCUCUCUCUUUUCUAACCACUGUUCUAUGUCUUUCUCUGCUUGUCUCACUCUUUUUCUAUUCACUCAUCUAUGUCUGUCUCUCUUUCUAGUCACUGCUUUAUGUCUGUCUCUUUCUAAUUACUGUUCUGUAUCUGUCUCCCCUUCUAAUCACUGUCUUCUGUCUCUCUUUCUAAUCACUGUUAUCUGUGUCUCUUUAACUCUCUCUCUCUCUCUUCCUAUUUUUCUGUUGUCAUUUUCUUUCUAUCUGUUUCUGCUUGUUUGUCUCUUUUUCUCUCUGUCUCUUUAUAACAUUCUUUUUCUCUCUCUUUCUUUCUUCAUCUCUCUUUCUUUCUCACUUAUUAUUCUUUCUAUAUUUGUCUAUUGUCACCUUAUUUUUCUCUCUAUCUUCUUUUUUAUCUCUCUGUUUCUUUUUAUAAUUUUCCAUAUUGUUCUCUCUCUCUCUCUCUCUUUUUUUUAUGUAUCCUCUCCUUUUUCUCUUUAUCUUUCUAUUGUUACCUUAUUGCUCUCUCCCACUCUCUCUUUGGUUUUCUCUCUAUUUCUUUUUAUAAUUUUUCUAUCACUCUCUCUCUCUUAA